CUCCCCCUCUCUCGCUCUCCCUCUCGUGCACCUGCUCAUAUCCACAUUGAGCCAAUGACAGGCAGUUUGCGUCCAGGUUGCCGCAGAGAGACGCACUGAGAUGCGCACCGCCAAUGUCUUCACAGCGGCUGAUUCUGAGGUGUUAACUUCACAGUAGAAGCCGCGAGGUUUGGCAUUAAGACUCUAAUUAUGUAAAUUAGCAGUGAUUAAUGACUGAUUGAGAUGACUGGUCUUUCUGAUCAAUGCAAUCAGUAAAUAUUUAUUAGGUUGACAAAUGCGCACAGGCUGGUUUGACUUAGUGCUCUCCUGAUGUUUUCUCAUGAAUUCCAAAUAUAAUUUUAAUGUGAUCAAAUUAGACUUUGAAAUUAAUUCUGGGCUAUGCGGGAGUAAAAGUAAGAGAGGAUGUUUGCUGUUCCAACAUCAGAAGAUUGGUGCUAUCAGUCUCAGUUCACCUGUGACCAUCAAUGCAAUGUGCCGGACAAGUGGAACCACGCCAACGGUGACUGUGCGGGAAAGAAACAGUCGCCCAUUAACAUCGUCACCAGAAAGACCUUGAAAGACAACAGUCUGACUUCUUUCCAGUUCAAUAACUACCAGCAGAUCUUCAGAGGCACGAUCAAGAACAACGGCCACUCGGUUCAGGUUGGCGUUCCUCACCUGAGCACCAUCUCAGGUGGAGCCCUGCCGACCAGCUACAAGGCUGUACAGUUCCACCUGCACUGGGGCAACAAUGGAGGACCGGGCUCUGAACACACCAUCGAUGGGGAGCAGUAUCCCAUGGAGCUGCACAUUGUCCACAUGAAGCACCAUUACACUGAUCUGACAACAGCACUGUCUGACCCAGAGGGAGUUGCAGUCCUUGGGUUUUUCUACGAGAAGUCCAACAGCGCAAAUCGAAAGUAUGAACCCAUCAUUAACGCUCUACGAAGCAUCAAAACUACAAAUGGCAAUACUUCUCUGUCUCCCAUCUCCCUGGCACAACUAAUCCCAGCUGAGCAGAAUCUGACCUCCUAUUACCGCUAUAAGGGAUCACUGACCACCCCAGGGUGCACCGAGUCUGUGAUUUGGACUCUCUUUGAGAAUCCCAUCCCUCUGAGCAUUGAUCAGCUGCGUGCAUUUUCUGAGCUCAAGUUCCAUGAUGGAAAGGCGAUGGUGGGAACCUUCAGGCCAGUCCAGCCCCUAAACGGUCGACAGGUGUUCCGGUCUGGAGGCGCAGUGAUCUUGGCCAGCACCACCUUCCUUGUGGCUGCCAUUGUUACCGCCUUGGGGCUGUCCCAACCCAACUAGAUUGAGGCAUCCCAUGCUGCACUACAACACCAUGAACACAAUAAGUUCUCUAUCAGUCCUCAGCUGAACUCUGGUUCGUAACACCUCCAUCGCAUGGUUGUUAAGAUGAUUGACCACGUUGUAGUGCAGGCAUGACUCACCCAGUGUCCCCCCCUUUACGACACAAAUGACGAAGGCGUCCAAGGAAUGCCUUAUGAAAGGUGAUGUAAGGGUUUGUUCAGCAUUCAUGCAUGCAUAGUGAAGUAGUAGAUCUUAUUUCAGCAUUAUGAAUGUGCCAUAAAGCAGGUUACAAAGCACUCUGACAUCUGAACUAUGACAGCUGAAUUCAAACACGACACCAGAUCCCUUAGUCAUGCCCUGGUUUUUCACAGUAUCAUCCUAUAAAAUACAGCACACACACACACACACAUCCUCAUAUACUCAUCCGCCUUGUUCAAUGUCAGGUAAAUUUAGUCUCCGCUAAUGUCAGUGUGAGUUGCCAAUGGCUUGCGCUCUGAGUGUCAAUGUCAGCCCCAUGACCUGGCACGUGAUGUGUUGUUCUGAGUGGGGCAUGCGAACAGCAUGGAGCUAUUAAUAGCAGAACUGAGUCACGAAAAACAAGCUCCAUUUCAAAGCCAGCAGUCAAAGGAGUCAGCAGUUUGGCUUUUCUUUCAAAGUCCAGGAGCACAGAGUGCGGCCGUCAGGUGAACUCCGCACAGCCACUCGGUCAGCAGUUGGUUUGGAACAGGAGGGGAGGAUGAGGGGUGUGAGGUCUUGUCUUUCUCAGCCAGAACAGCUGCCUGCUCCUCUGAGAGCACAGCUGCAGUCUCUCUCUCCUCCCAGAGUCAGAGGCUGCUGACACCUGAGACAAAGAUGAAGAUCCAGAGAUGCUAAUGCUAAUGGUAGGUCACAAAGCGAGUGGCAGCUUGGUUUCAGAGGGAAGGUGGAGCAUCUGCAGCGUGAGGACACAGCAACAACCAGCAUAUAAAAUGUCACUUCUCUCUACAAAAUCAAUGUCAUUAUUUUCAUGAUUAUCAAAUAUUUGCAUGAAUUCACAUGUACAAGAUGUUUAUUAUGAACUAUGUGCACAGUAGAUUGCUGCUGGAGGGAAGCUGCACACACAAAACUGUGCCAAAUUCAUACACACACCUCAGUCACACCAUUUCCCAUUUUUGACCCAUGAAGUUCAGUGAGAUUAUCCUGACAUGUGACUGUGUUCAUGACUUGUGUUACAGGGUCUUGGAUGCACUGAAUGUUAUCUACUGUGAAUUACACCCCACUGAGUUCUCACUCAUUUAUUCACGAGGACUCGUUAUGUAUUCUAGUGAGAGAUCUGUGCAAUUUUCCAGCAAGAUUUACUGUGAUGAUGGAGCAAGGAAUCUGUAUAUUUUCCGUUGUUUCAUAGGGCAUCAAGUUAUAUUUCUAUGCUGAGUCAUUGUACACAUGUAUUUAUGUACUGAAUGUGUAUAUUGAUAUAAGAUGCACAGUUAUUGUUAUUUAUGUAUUGCAAAGUUUAUAUAGUACUGAAUGCAAAACCAUAUAUGAAGCAUCAAGUUGUUCAUGACCAAUCGAGUUUACUUAUGAUGUUUAGGUGUAUGAGAUUGUCAGACUGUAAUGCUUGAAAGUGUCAUAAAUAAUAUGGAGAAUGUGUUCCAACUGAACAGAAGAAUAAACUACUUACAUGCCUUUUUAAUGACAGUCUCUUCUUCAUGACAGUUUUUUCCACUGGCUCAGCCACAGUUCAAGGUACUCAAACCAUUCAUCAAAACAGAACUUAGCCUCAGUGGCAGUCCUGCCUCCACAUCUCUGCACUGUGAAAGCCGAUAUCAGAAUGGACUU